AUGUCUUUCUUACAUAGUCACUCUUGUGAAUGUAUAAAAUCUGAAUUAGAUUUGUUUGCUUUACCAUCAACACAAACAAGCAUAGAAAGUGGAAUGUGGGUGCAAUAUAAACCAAUAUCAUCUUUAGCUGACGAUGGUCCUAUAGAAUUUCAAGUCCCUGGAACUGGUGAUGACUAUAUAGACUUAUCUCAUACACUGAUUCAAUUAAAAGCAAAAAUAUUAAAUGAGGAUUCUUCAAAACUGGCUGCUUCAACUGUUGUGGCACCUGUAAAUAAUUGGCUUCAUUCAGUUUUUACUCAACUCGAUGUUUAUUUAAACCAAAAAUUAGUUUCACCUCCAAACAAUACAUAUGCUUAUCGAGCUUACAUUAAAACUCUUUUGAAUUAUUCAUCUGAGGCAAAACAAUCUCAUUUAACGUGUAGCCUUUGGUAUGAAGAUACAGCUGGUAAAAUGGAUUCAACCGAAGAAAAAAAUUCAGGUUUUACUAAAAGACAGCAAUUAGUUUCAGAAAGUAAGGAAGUUGAAAUGAUAGGACAUCUUCAUGGUGACAUAUUCAAUCAAGAAAAAUUUUUAAUUAAUGGCGUUGAGAUGAGUAUUAAAUUGGUAAGAUCACGUGAAACAUUUAACCUGAUGGCUCCAACAGACGAUGUUAAAUACAAAAUAAACAUUACAGAUGCGACUCUCCUUGUUAGAAGGACAAAAAUUAACCCCUCUGUCUUACUUGCCCAUCAAAAAGUCUUAGCCACCACAACUGCAAAAUAUCCCAUAACUCGAGCUGAAGUAAAAGUUCUAACGAUACCGUCAGGGGUCCAGGGAACAGGGAUACAUUUUCUUAACGAAGGUAAUGGGAUAUCUCACGAUAAGUAUUCAAAAGGUUAUUGUUUGCUAGCAUUUGAUCUCACACCUGAUUUAUCAGCCAAUUCAUUUAGUCAUUGGAAUCUAAUUAGACAUGGUAGUGUUAGAUUAGAAGUUCGCUUUGAAUCUGCUCUGACUCAAACGAUCAAUUGCGUUGUUUAUGCAGAAUUUGAUAAUGUCAUUGAAAUAGAUAAAAAUCGUAAUGUAACCGUUGACUAUAGUAGCUAA